AGGAGGAAAAAGCAAGAUGGCGUUUGGGGGAGAAAGUCUAAACGUGGGCAUUAUAGUUCUGUAUUUUUAAUCAGUGCAUACAUGUGCACAUAUAUGUCGUUUAAUAGAGUAAACAUCGUCAAUAAUUGUUUGUAUCCGGAUACAUUAGUCUGAGCGCAUGUUGACGCUUCUUCGCUUGUUAGCUAGCUUAGCCUGUUAGCUGCUAACAAAGACGCGACACAUUCGUACAACUACGCGCGGAUUAAGAAGACAAAAUUAGUGAUCAAAACACAUCGCUAAGCAGAGAUCAAGUGUGAGUGUAAAGUGUUGUGAUUGUGUGAAAAUGUGCGAAAGAACGAUAGCAGAGUACGAGGAGGAACUUUGUCCAACAAAAGAGGAGAAGGAGCGACAACAUCAAAAACAUCAAGUUGUGUUACACAGAACAGACGUCUGUGAAGAACAUCUUCACCCUGAGCAACAGCAGUGGAGCUUCAGGAUGCGGACGGGGGAGCCACAGCCUUCCCACAUUAAGAAGGAAGAGGAAUACCCACUGAUCCCCCAUUUUAAAAAGGAAGAGGAGGACCCACUGACACCCCAUUUUAAAGAGGAAGAGGAAGACCCACUGACACCCCAUUUUAAAGAGGAAGUGGUGGAUCCACAGAGCCCUGACAUUAAGGACGAAGAGGAGGACCCCCUGACCCCUCACAUUAAGGAGGAAGAGGAGGAACACAGCAUCAGUCAGCAGGGAGAGCAUCUUGAAGGACUGGAGGAGGUUGAUGUCACCAAGAUGCCAGUGACUGGUGUCCCUGUGAAGAGUGAAGGUGAUGAGGUCAAAGGUGAGAGUGAGGAGAAGAGAGAGGCGGAGCCUCCAAGCAGCAGCUCAACUCAACACAUGACAACAGAAGCUGAUGGAGACCACUGUGGAGGAUCACAAGCAGACAAGCUCUUAGCUCCACUAUCAGAUAGUGAGGACACAACGUCACACUCUCCUGACACUGAUGAUGAAGACUCUAAAGAUGAUAAGACAUGUCACACUGACAACACACACUUCACAUGUUCUCACUGUGACAAAACCUUUAAAUACCAUUGUCGUCUGAAAGACCACAUGAGAACGCACACUGGAGAAAAACCUUUUUCCUGCAUAGAAUGUGGUAAAAGCUUUCAACGAAAUGACAUGUUGAAAGAACACAUGAGAACACACACUGGAGAUAAACCUUUUUCCUGCUCAGAAUGUGGUAAAAGCUUUUGUAAAAAGGGCGUGUUGAAAGGACACAUGAGAACACACACUGGAGAAAAACUUAAAAAAGAUAAGACAUGUCACACUGACAAUACACGCUUUAAAUGUUCUCACUGCGACAAAACCUUUAAAUACCAUUGUCGUCUGAAAGUACACAUGAGAACACACACUGGAGAAAAACCUUUUUCAUGUUCAAUCUGUGGUAAAGAUUUUGUUCGAAGGCACCAUUUCAAAGCACACAUGAGAAUACACACUGGAGAAAAAACAUUUAUGUGCUCAAUUUGCGGUAAAAGAUACACCGAACAAAAAUAUUUGGUAAGACACACAAGAAUACACACUGGUGAAAAACCUUUUAUCUGUUCAGAAUGUGGUAAAGGGUUUUCGCAAAAUGUCUAUUUGAAAGCACACAUGAGCAAACACACUGGAGAAAAGCCUUUGUCAUGUUCAGUCUGUCAUAAAGGUUUUAUACAACGUGGUGAGUUGAAAAGGCACAUGAGAACGCACACUGGUGAAAAACCUUAUACAUGUUCAGUAUGUUGUAAAAGUUUUAUACAAAGUCCGCAUUUGAAAGUACACAUGAUAACACACACAGGAGAGAAAGUGUUCAGUUGCAGUGUGUGUGGUGAAAGAUUCUCUUAUAAGAAGCAGUGUAAGAAACACAAGUGUGCUGGUGAGAACAGCAGCAGCAAAUGAAGAUGCAGGAUUUGAAAUAAACCGUCAAAACUUUCACUUUGACCUUCUAACAACAUCAGCACAUAGAUUCUAACAUUUAUAGAUUAGAUGUUUUCGAUUAUUGCUUUUUUCAGUCAAGUACAUGUUUUAAUAUACAUCAUUGUGUACUUGUAUUUAAAAAUGAACAUAACACUUUGACUGUAAAGGUGAGAAUAAACAGGACAAAACAUGUUACAAAUACUUUUUAUGUGUAUAGAGAUAUUCAGAAAUCAUUUUUAAUUAUUAAUGAUGUUAUAGAUGAACUCCUUUAUAUGAUAUACAUAUUUGUUUUACAUGUGUUCAUACCUUUGCUUUUGAGUACACAUAAAUCCCUCUUAGUUCAUAUUUACUGGUUCACACUGUUCACUGUAUUAUGAUGAUAGU